AUGCAGAGGCAAGCAGGCCGCAAGCACUCGGGUGGUGAGGGCAGAGGAGGCGACGAACGGACGAAGAGGCCAGGACGCGGUCACGCGGGAGGGAGAGGAAAAGGACGCUGCACGGGCGGCCGCCGUCUCCCAGCUAUUGGAUCCGAACCAGCCCGAGGCAGGCAGCACACCACCACCGCUAGCCCGCUGCAGGUUGACUGGUCGAGCUCCGGCGGCCGGCGGGAUCCUGGUGGCUGGCGGCAGCUAGCGCGGACGGGCGGACGGCUCGGCGGGACGGGCUACGGGCAGGGGCAGGCGCAGCCGGGCAGGAGUCAGGACGGCAUGGAGGUGCGGGCGCCUGGGGGCUGCGGCGCCGGCGGGCGGCGGUCUGGACUCUGGCGGUGGCGGGCUGGCGGCUGGGGAUUGCGGAUUGGGGAAUUGCUGGCUUGCUGCUGUGCUGCAACUGCAAUGCGGACGGAUGGCCGGAUGGGGUCACGGGCGGACGGGCCGGCUAGGGUUACGAGUGGUGCCUUCGUGGGCUACUGA